AUGGUCGAUAACAAGGCCAUCAACUUGGGCCUCUGGGAUACGGCCGGCCAGGAGGACUACGAUCGUCUCCGCCCGCUGUCCUACCCUCAGACCGACGUCUUCCUCAUCUGCUUCUCCGUCGUGUCGCCUCCCUCGUACGAGAAUGCCCGCAACAAGUGGAAUCCCGAGAUCAUGCACCACUGCCCGACCACCCCCAAGCUGCUCGUCGGUACCAAGACCGAUUUGAGGAACGACGCCGACACCAUCGCGCGCCUCGCCGACAAGAAGAUGCAGCCCAUCCAGCAGGACCAGGGCGACAAGCUCGCCAAGGAGAUCGGCGCCGUCAAGUACCUCGAGUGCUCCGCCCUCACCCAGCAGGGUCUCAAGAACGUCUUCGACGAGGCCAUCCGCGUCGUCCUCAACCCGCCCUCGCCCGCAAAGAAGGAGAAGAAGGGCAAGUGCUCCCUCUUCUAA